UUUCAAGAGGCAGCAGACCCGCUUGAUAACAGCGCUUUGAAACAGUGACAGCUGGAAGAACAGCACGCCACAGCAGCGGGGAGCCAGCGAGACGCAACGGGACAGAGAGCAGCGGAGCGACGGCUUCAUCGACAGAGAGCAGCGCCGCGCAGUUAACAGCAGCAAGCGUUUCGUUCAGUGCAUUUAAACUCGCCUGCUGUCACCCGCAACGAACCACUCCUGAACUGUGUGUCCAUGUUAUUGUAUAUAUUUAUAUAUUUCCCCAGUUAUGUUUGUAUUUCAUUUUAUGGGAGCACUUCUCGGAAUGCAGAAGGAAACAACAGCGGAUCAGUCAGGUGCCUUUUAAAAAAGCAGAACGGGUUUUCUGUAACUGCCAUCACAUGAUAUUAUGUACUGGGAUACAAAAAUAAAUACAUAAUAACUAAAAUACCAGGAAGAACUGACACUGAGCGUGCACAGCGCAACCAAGAGCCGCUUAGAUGAAGAGUCUGUGAAUAACGCUGAUUAAUCGAAAGGACCUCAGCUGUGCGUAUUUGGAUGUGAGCGCUGUACCUGAAUGAGACGCGACAGGAUGGUGUAAUACACGACAGAAAUCCAAACAUACCACAGCGUCUCUACUGCAUGCAGAUACACGACUGCUUCAACCGAACAGAGCUAUGAUAUAAUUAACCGGCACGGGAGGGGACUUGGAGCUCCCACAGUUCACUGGGUCGGAACAUUUUAGGGUAGAUUCGGGAUCACUGGGUCCGGUGCAUCAUGUAUCUCUAUGGAUGAGCGAAUGACAAUGCGAUUUUGAGGCUGUGUUAUUGUACCCCUCGCAGUCUCAGUUGAUGUGUCAGUGGGUAAGCGAAGACACCCUGAACUGGACUGAAACAAAGCAGACACCCCCCCCCCCCAUCCAGAUCCCUCCGUAUCACCGUGGUGUUUACUGGUUUAUUUAGUUUGCUUGUUGGUUUAUUUUUCAUGAGUAUUGGUAGAGGCAUUUAAUUUGACAUGCAUCCCACAGGAAUCCCCCUGCUCGUGCUGCUGGAGUAUUUUGUCUGCGUGCAAGGUGUACCAGAUCUCAGGACACUGCUGGUGUCUCGUUGCGAUGGACGCUCCUGCAACCCCUCUGUCGGUAACCUAGCGACCGGCAGGACGGUGUCCACCCUGAGCAGCUGUGGGCAGAACGGCACAGAGCUUUACUGCUCGUACCCGGACCCGGAACUCUCCUCCUGCCAGCGGCCCAAAUGCGGCAAGUGCAACGCCCAGCACCCCGGGCAUGCCCACCACGCGGCAGACAUGACCGACAACUUCUUUUUGAACCCGGGGACGUGGUGGCAGUCGGCGACGGGCGUCAACCGGGAGGAGCUUCGCCUGGACUUGGAGACGGAGUUCUACCUGACCCACGUGAUCGUGCUGUUCCGCUCCCCGCGGCCCGCAGCCAUGACCCUCGAGAGGUCUCAGGACUACGGCCGGUCCUGGAGACCCUAUAAGCACUUCGCUGUGAACUGCAGUGAGACGUUCGGCAUCCCCGACGACACCAGCCACGCGGGGUCUCUGUGCACCUCCCGCUACUCGCAUGCCCUGCCCUGCACCAAGGGAGAGGUGAUAUUCCGAGCCCUGACUCCUGGGAACGGGGUUGAGGACCCCUACAGCGCGGAGGCCCAGGACCUGCUCAAGCUGACCACCCUGCGGCUGCGGCUUCUGAAGAGGCAGGAGUGCCCGUGCCGGGGAAGCCCCGCCGAGCCGCUGCACAAGCCACAGCACUCCGCUCACUACGCUGUGUACGACCUCAUCGCCCGCGGGAGCUGCUUCUGCAACGGGCACGCCGAGGACUGCCAGCCUGCGCCAGGGACCAGGAGGGAGGGCAGCAUGGUUCACGGGAGCUGCCUCUGCCAGCACCACACCGCAGGGGAGCACUGUGAGACGUGUGCACCUCUUUACAAUGACCUCCCAUGGAGACCAGGCGAUGGGAAAACAGGGGCGCCAAACGAGUGCAAAAAGUGCCAGUGCCACGGCCACGCUGACAGUUGCCACUUCGACAGCGGUGUGUGGCUGGCCUCGGGGAAGCGCAGCGGCGGGGUCUGCGAUGGCUGUCAGCACAACACCAAGGGGCGCCGGUGCCAGCGAUGCCAGGCUGGCUUCUACAGGGACCAGGCCAAGCCCAUGUCCUCCCCCGACGCCUGCAAACCCUGCUCCUGCCACCCUGUGGGCUCCACCAACGGCUCCCUCUCCAGGCUCUGGAAGUGCCACCCCCGGAGCGGCUACUGCUACUGCAAGCCGGGCGUGGCGGGUCCCAACUGCGCCCGCUGCAUGAUGGGAUACUGGGGGUUUGGGGAGAGUGGCUGUCGGCCGUGUGACUGUGCCCGGGACUGUGACACCAAGACUGGGGAGUGUCUGGACAGUUUUGACCACGAGCCGUUUUUCAGUGUUCCUAUUGGAGGGCGCAUUCCUGACCUCACUCACGUUCCGACCAAUGAGAGUGAAGGGGAGUGGACCUGGGAGGAUGAGCAGGGUUUUUCAGCCCUGAGGCACCCUGAGAAGUGCAUAUGCAAAGAGAAAAUGCUUGGAGGCAUCCCGGAUUUUUGCAAGAUGAAAUAUGCUUACGUGAUCAAGGCAAAGAUUCUGUCCGCCCACGACAAGGGCACGCACGCAGAGGCCAUCGUCAAGGUGAAGAAGGUCAUGAGGGCAGGCAAGGUGAAAAUAUCACCGGGAAACAGGAGCAUCUACCCAGAGUCCUGGACCAACAGAGGCUGCACCUGCCCUGUCAUGAACCCAGGAACGGAUUACCUGAUCGCUGGACACGAGGAUUUCAGGACAAGCAAGCUCCUGGUCAACAUGAACAGCCUGGUGAAGCCGUGGAAGGGUUCUGUCGGGAAGCAGGUCGUGGAUAUCCUCCAAUCAGGGUGCAAGUGAGCCCCCCCCCUCGCCCCUGCAGCUACCGAACUGAGACCAGGCUGUCGCAGUCCUGCAGGACCAGGGCAUUCCCACCUGAACUAAAACCAUGUUUAUUUUCUACAUCGUUUGUUUGUUCGUUCAUUCGUUCGUUUCUUUUUUAAAAUGUGUUCUGAUGGUCACAGUGGUGCAGCAAGAUAAGGAAAGGCAACAGCCUGCUUGAGGGUUUUUUAAACUUGCUGAUAAAUAUUGCUCUGAAACCACCCUUCUGAAACACGACUCGGAAAUCGCCCUUCUGAAACACGACUCAGAAAUCGCCCUUCUGAAACACGACUCUGAAAUCGCCCUUCUGAAACACGACUCAGAAAUCGCCCUUCUGAAACACGACUCUGAAAUCGCCCUUCUGAAACACGACUCUGAAAUCACCCUUCUGAAACAUAAUUCUCUGAAAUCCCCCUUCUGAAACAUUCCGUGUCUUCUGAUGUGUAUCCAGGACAUCCUCGCAAGGAGAUGUGGUUUGUAAUGGAGGUAGUGUGGUUUGUAAUGGAGGUACUGUGCAGAACAGUGUGCCUGUAAAACAGUGUGUCGACAUAGAGCACCAUUAUCAUAAAACUAGCCAUGCUGUGAAUACACUGACUGCGAGAAAGAGAUUUCUACACUGCGAGGCUCAUCUCACUCAUUAUAUAUACACACACACACACACACUGAAUACACUGACUGCGAGAAAGAGAUUUCUACACUGCGAGGCUCAUCUCACUCAUUAUAUAUACACAAACACACACACACUGAAUACACUGACUGCGAGAAAGAGAUUUCUACACUGCGAGGCUCAUCUCACUCAUUAUAUAUACACAAACACACACACACUGAAUACACUGACUGCGAGAAAGAGAUUUCUACACUGCGAGGCUCAUCUCACUCAUUAUAUAUACACACAACACACACACACUGAAUACACUGACUGCGAGAAAGAGAUUUCUACACUGCGAGGCUCAUCUCACUCAUUAUAUAUACACACACACACACACUGAAUACACUGACUGCGAGAAAGAGAUUUCUACACUGUGAGGCUCAUCUCACUCAUUAUAUAUACACACACACACACACACUGAAUACACUGACUGCGAGAAAGAGAUUUCUACACUGCGAGGCUCAUCUCACUCAUUAUAUAUACACACACACACACACACUGAAUACACUGACUGCGAGAAAGAGAUUUCUACACUGCGAGGCUCAUCUCACUCAUUAUAUAUACACACACACACACUGAAUACACUGACUGCGAGAAAGAGAUUUCUACACUGCGAG